AUGGAUGGUCUUCAGUGGUAUCCCUGCGAGACAUGCCAUGAGGCAUUUCCUAGUGUAUCUCUCGUUGAAAGACAUAUGCGUGAAUUGCGUCACUACCGCACUCGUUGUGAGCAAUGUUACCAGCGAUUCGGAAGCGUGGAUGCCCUCGAAAAUCACCUGUCCUCCGGGGCCCAUCGAGAAUAUGACGUCCUGUGCCCAUUCUGCGGUAGCCUUUUCCAUAAAGCGAGUAUCCUGAUAUCACACUUUGAAGACGCAAAGUGUACUCAUGCCCCGGGCUUGAACCACCACAGUGUUCUCUGGCUGAUCCGAAACUGCGACACUGCUGGAGUCAUGACCAACCCCCAGAUUCUCGUGCUGAACACAAAUGCUUCACCUGCCAUCGAAACUUCUACACGCAUCAAGAGCUUGAAUCGCACCUCCAGUCCCCUUUAA